AUGUCAGCUAGACGGCUUGAGCGGCUCGUUCUUGGAGGCGGAGGAGGCUUUCAGAAUAUCAAGGGCAUCGAGUUUCUCCUACACAAACCUCUCAAAGAAAACGCCAUCGUCAAAGACUUUUGCGCCUUCUUCCUUCCCGCCAUGCGGUACCAGAACCCUGCGCUCUCUGUCCAAAUCCUUGAGGCUCCAGAUAGCGCCUCCUCUUCCUCCGCGAGUCCGGCGAUCGCCGCCGCUUCAAAGCCUACGACCGCGCGGACAGGAGCCCAACCGGCGCGAGGCCGGAGCGACCGUCUGCGUCUCUUCUUCGGGGAAGGGAACGGCACCCACAUGAUGAACCUCAGCCUGUACAGAAGUCCUCACCAGCUGAUGCAGCGUCUCGUCGACGUCGAUUCUCAAUGGCAGCAGCUCCAGGCGUACGCGGCCUCCGCUGAGAAACAGAACUCUGGCUCGUAG